CUUUGACGCGUGAUUUCUUUUUUAAAUUAAAGCCAAACCAGAAUAUGUGAUCAGGAGGUGUUGGGUGAUGAAGGAGGCUUUUUUCUUUAUCAAGCUGAUUUUUUUUUUCACAUGGGUGGACCUUCACUUCUGUGGAUUUUAUAAACCAGGCUUUAGAGAAGUUGGAAAUGUAAGCUGCCUCCCUUGGUCUUUAGAAACCAUGGCCUGAUUAUUGCAAUACAGAUGAAAUCAUUUUAAGCUCUUUAAGAAAAUAGAAAUAGGUGUGAAAAAAGACCUAAAACGUAGUUAUAAACAGCAUCUCUGUAGGCAUUGAACACAGCAGCAUCAUGGCUCAGAGCAAAAGACACAUAUACACCCGGGUGACUAGCAGCAGCAGAAUGAAUACGGAGGGGACUGGCAAACCUGCCAAAGUUGGCUCUCGGGUGGAAGUGAUUGGAAAGGGUCAUCGAGGUACAGUGGCCUAUAUUGGAGCCACACUCUUUGCCACUGGCAAAUGGGUUGGAGUCAUUCUUGAUGAUGCUAAAGGAAAAAAUGAUGGCACAGUUCAAGGCAAGAGAUACUUCGCCUGUGAGGAAAAUCAUGGUAUAUUUGUUCGCCAGUCACAGAUCCAGCUAGUUGAUGAUGGCACUGACACUACUUCUCCAGAGACCCCAGAGCCUGCUAUAUCAAAAGUCCCCAAACGAGAAGUGUUGGAAACACCAAAAUCCAGCAAGCUGCGAGGAGUGAAACCCAAGAAGGUGGUGCAUGCUUCUGUCUAUAUACCAACUCAGAAGAAGACCACCACCAGGCGAACUAAGCCAACUAGGCCCUCCAGUUCUGCAGCAUCCAGUGGUACAGCCGGUCCCUCUGGUUCAGCUUCUGCAUCAGGGGGAGAGAUGAGCAGCAGUGAGCCAAGCACCCCAGCCCAGACUCCUUUGGCGGCACCAAUGAUUCCUACACCAAGCACUGGCUUGCCGUCACCUGGAGCACCACCACUGCCAACUCCGAGCAAAGAAGAGGAAGCCUUAAGAUCUCAAGUAAAGGACUUAGAAGAGAAACUGGAGACUCUGAAGAUGAAGCGUAGUGAAGACAAAGCAAAACUGAAAGAGCUAGAGAAAUACAAGAUACAAUUGGAGCAGCUGCAGGAGUGGAAGAGUAAAAUGCAAGAACAACAGGCUGAUCUGCAGAAGCAAUUGAAAGAAGCUAAGAAGGAAGCUAAAGAGGCCUUGGAAGCUAAGGAUCGGUACAUGGAAGAGAUGGCAGACACAGCUGAUGCCAUUGAGAUGGCAACUUUAGACAAGGAGAUGGCUGAAGAACGAGCUGAGUCACUGCAACAGGAGGUGGACUCACUUAAAGAAAAAGUAGAGGAGCUGACUAUGGAUUUGGAAAUCCUUAAACAUGAAAUUGAAGAGAAAGGGUCUGAUGGGGCUGCAUCUAGCUAUCAUGUCAAACAGCUGGAAGAGCAGAAUGCCAGGCUGAAGGAAGCUCUUGUUCGCAUGCGAGAUCUGUCUGCCUCAGAGAAACAGGAGCAUGUAAAGUUGCAGAAGCAGAUGGAGAAGAAAAACAUAGAACUGGAUACUCUCAGACAGCAAAAGGAGAAACUGGUGGAAGAGAUGAAGCAUGCAGAGAAGACCAUUGAUGAACUGAAAGAGCAGGUGGAUGCUGCACUGGGUGCUGAAGAAAUGGUGGAGACUCUUACUGAAAGGAACCUUGAUCUAGAAGAAAAAGUUCGGGAGCUGCGGGAAACAGUCAGUGACUUGGAGGCAAUCAAUGAAAUGAAUGAUGAACUACAAGAAAAUGCACGAGAGACAGAGCUAGAACUACGAGAGCAACUAGACUUAGGAAAUGCACGAGUCAGAGAGGCUGAAAAGCGAGUAGAGGCUGCACAGGAAACAGUAGCAGAUUACCAGCAAACCAUAAAGAAAUACCGAGAUCUUACUGCACAUCUGCAGGAAGUCAAUCGAGAGCUAAUUAGUCAACAGGCUUCAGCAGAACAGCAGCAGCAGCCACCACCAGCGGAAAUGUUUGAUUUUAAGAUUAAAUUUGCUGAGACCAAAGCUUAUGCUAAGGCCAUUGAAAUGGAGCUACGGAAGAUGGAAGUGAACCAGGCAAACAGACAUGUAACGCUGCUCACCUCCUUCAUGCCAGAUUCCUUCCUGCGUCACGGUAGUGACCAUGAUGGCAUCCUCGUCCUGCUCCUUAUCCCCCGCCUCAUAUGUAAGGCUGAUCUGAUAAGCAAACAAGCACAAGAGAAAUUUGAUCUGAAUGAGCAUUGUGUGGAAAGAACUGGGCUACGGGGUGCAGUGGGUGAGCAGCUGAGUUUUGCUGCAGGACUGGUGUACUCUCUGAGUCUGUUACAGGCCACUCUGCACAAAUAUGAACAGGCUCUUGGGCAGUGCAGUGUUGAAGUCUACAAGAAGAUUGGCAGUUUGUAUCCAGAGAUGAGUGUUCAUGAACGCUCUUUAGACUCUUUGAUUGAUCUCCUGCAUAAAGACCAGCUGGAUGAAACUGUCAAUGUGGAGCCACUCACCAAGGCCAUUAAGUAUUAUCAGCAUUUAUACAGCAUCCACUUAUCAGAUCAACCAGAGGAUUGCACCAUGCAAUUAGCAGACCACAUAAGAUUUACGCAGAGUGCUUUAGAUUGUAUGGCUGUAGAAGUUGGAAGACUCCGCUCUUUUCUACAGACGGGUCAAGAAGCCACUGAUCUGGCCAUUCUACUCAAGGACCUUGAAACGUCCUGCAGUGAUAUCCGACAGUUCUGUAAGAAGAUUCGUCGCCGUAUGCCAGGAACUGAUGUACCUGGUAUUCCUGCAGCACUCACUUUUGGGCAGCAGGUGUCAGAAACCUUGAUGGACUGCCGAAAACAUCUAACCUGGGUAGUGGCCGUACUACAGGAAAUGGCUGCUGUAGGUGCUCAGAUGCUUGCACCACUUUCUGAGCAAGAGGGUUUAUCGUCUCUAAAAUUAGAAGACAUGGCUUUUAAAGCUGCAGAGCAGAUUUAUGGUGCCCAGGGUAUCAGCCCCUAUGAUUGUCUUCGCCAGUCUUGUAGCAUUGUUAUUGCCACCAUGAACAAAAUGGCAACUGCCAUGCAAGAAGGAGAGUAUGAUGCUGACAGGCCACAAAAUCGGCCAGUUCCACCUGUUGAACUAAGGGCAGCAGCUCUACGUGCAGAAAUCACCGAUGCUGAAGGCUUAGGACUGAAGCUUGAGGACAGAGAGACUGUCAUCAAGGAGCUCAAGAAGUCCCUAAAAAUCAAGGGUGAAGAGCUCAGUGAGGCCAAUGUUCGUCUGAGUCUUCUAGAAAAGAAGCUGGACUCUUCGUCCAAAGAUGCUGAUGAAAGGGUGGAUAAGAUACAAACAAAGCUAGAUGAGACUCAAACUCUCUUAAAGAAGAAAGAAAAGGAAUUUGAAGAGACAAUGGAUGCCCUUCAAGCUGACAUUGAUCAACUUGAGGCUGAAAAAGCAGAGCUGAAACAGCGCCUCAGUAACCAGUCGAAACUCACUAUGGAAGGACUUCGUUCUUCUCCUUCAUCAGGAAUUGCUUCCAUUGUUGGUGGAAUUGCUACAGAGGAUCAACUGAAAGGUGGAGGUGGUAUACAGCCAGGCCUUGGUGGAGCCGGACCCCUCCAAGUUAUUGAUUCUCCUCUCCUGGUGCAGCAGAUCAAGGUGCAGCGUCUCUGCAUCAAGCACCUGAAGGAUGAGAACAACCGUUUGAAGGCUGAAAAGAUGAAUGCGCAGUUAGCAUCACUGCCACCCUUACGAGUUUCCAAAUUACCACUGAAGGAAGGGCUUGGAAAAGAGCUGCAGUCCAGUGCACUUUACCGAAAAACGAAUCAGCUGUUGGAGACUCUGCUGCAGAUGAGUGCCAGCACCAAAGUAAUAGACAUUACUGGCAAAACCCCAGGGAGCCCUACAGCACAACUCCUGGAGCAGACCGCACGUCUAAAGUCAAUGAGUGAAACCCUGGAAAAACUGAAGGAUGAGGUUUCCCAGCAUGUUGUGUCGCUGCACCCAGGUGCCCGUGUGCCUUCGGACUUUGCCACAUUCCCGUCUCCCUUCUUUGUUAAGGCUAAAGAGGAGCAGAAGGCAGACACCGUCUUCAUUGGUAAAGUGUUGAUCCCCUGUGCUCGUGGACAGGAAGAAGUACAUCGACUGGUGUUGAAACAACCCGAACUGCACAGAGUCCAUCGCCUGCUCAUCUCUUAAUGCUCUUGUGCGUCACUAACGCGAUUCUUAGCGCAGCUUGCCACGAGUUCCUUGUUUUGUUUUCACCAAGUCCUGGUGGUUGCAGAUCCUGAUCGUUAAAGCUGUGCAGAAGCAGGCUUAUUACUUUUGGGGUAGGGGAGCAUUGGGAUACUCAACUGUAAAUCUUAUUGUGUGUGUGGCCUUCCACUUAUCAAUGAAGCUGAAAUUUCUCCCCCUGCGCUGCUUUCAUAUCAGAAAUACAAGAAGGGGUUUGGAACUUUACUGCUUUUAUUUGCACAGCAUUUCUUUCCAUUACGCUCGCUUUACUUCUGUGUCUUUUAAAGACUGGUGAUGAUGGAUUUAGAGUUUCUUGGGCACUGUAAUAUCUGAUCAGAAGGGCUCAGUCCUGGCAGGAGGUUAAAGGAUUUCAACCCUUCUGCUGCAAGACCCUUUACGGCAUGGCAGAACUCCAGCCAUAGUUUAGGGUGGUUGUUUUUUUUUUAUUUAUAUUAAGAUUUGAAUAUUCCUUGAACAUAGGGAUUACCUUUUGCACUUUUCACAUUGUGGUGCGAGUUUAACGGUAAUACCUUGAAUUAUGACUGAAGCACUCAAAUUUAGCAGAAUUUCUUAAAUGAAACCUAAGAGUGACACUAACAGUAUGAAAUUUGUGCCCUCUGCUGCCAAUGCAGACUGGCACGUACCCUUAUAAUUUAGCAAUCUGAACAAGUAGUGGGGCAAGUAAGGAUUAUAGCAGAAUAGCCCCCUCUGCCGUUCGUUCCGUUUUGUUGCCCCAGUCAAGUCAGGUUCCUGUUUUGCACCAAAUACCAUCCCCAUGGGCUGUGGCCUCCCUAACAGGUGGCGGAGUUUUGGCAUCACUACUAAAUAAAUGAACCUUGUAAUCAAGAUGAGCUUUCCCUGUACUAAGCUGCACUAUUUAUUUUUGCUGAUGAAGAAAGGCAUCAAAUAAAACAAUGAAUAAAUAGAACAAAAGCUUGUGCUAGUUGGAGUGGUCUGUAGAUUUAGGAUAUCAAUCAAACAUGAACAUCUUUUGCUUCUUUCCACACAUGGCGCCACUGACAUUUACAAGGAAAAGCAGUUUGUAUUUUGUUGUCUCCACUUGAUCUGAACGGCCAUAUUACACAGCACCACUCAAGUCAAGAAGACGGCCAGAUCAGGUCCAGACCCCCAAGCAAAGAUGGUAGCUUGGAGUAGGAAAAAUGACAUAAGUGAACCCACAGUUUGGGCUUGUUGGGGUCUCAAAUGUUACAGGAAGGACUACAAAGAACAAACCAAAGUGACCACAGCUUAAGGCCCAAGGCCACAUCAACAGCACUUAUCUUGAUUCACAAUAUACUGAAAAACUAAGAUUUAUUUAUAUUUAAAAUAUUUUAGAAGAGGUAUGUUACAAUUUAUCAGUUUCCUUUAAAGUAGCUUUAAAAUGGAAAGUUUGUGUAGUAAGUGAACUGAUGACUGCAUGUUCAGAUGGCUGACCGUUUUCAUUUUCCCCAAACAAACUGUUUAAGUUUCUGACUAUCAUCCCUUUAGUUUUGAAAUAAAAACAGCCAGUCAUUACAUCCGCAUCUUGAAUUAAAUGAAUACGUAACCUGAUUGGGUAGUCCGCUGAACUUAAAAGUCCUAAAAUGACAUAACAGGAGUGAGGAAUAGCAGACCAGCGUGUAUCUGGAGGAUUCAGAGACUGUAAAAAUGGCUGGUAGGGAAAGUAAAACAUCAGUUAGCUUUUUCUUUGUUUUCCAUUCUUCAGUUCCAGCUGCUUCUUUCUAUAUGCUUGAAUGGCAUCUGCAUAGCUUUUGUAUUUCAGAGAACAGCAGAUUUAAUCUUCUGUUAGUGAACUUUGGCUAGAAACCCUUUUGAAUUGAGACCGAUGACUCCAGCUAUAGCUACACAUUUAAUCAUUUUGUAUUGUCAAGUGACAUCUAUAAGCAGAAACAGAAAACCUCUCAAAAUGCACGCUGGGUGAUCCUCAUCUUCCUUGGGCCUGUCCCCCAUUUGUCAAGCUUUACUGGGAAUAAACCCCAACAAGGACAGCAUUGACCCCAAGAGGGGAGCUUCAGUCUCGUAAAAUGUGGAGGGCUUCAGGUAAGCAAGUGGUUAGACUUUUCUGAAAAUAAGUUUGUAGAAAUAUACAUACAUGCAACACAAUCAAAAAUCCACAAAAUACAUUGAACAAUUUCUUUAUUUUAGCUUCAUCAUAAAUUCAAAAUGUUUUCAUUUUUUUCCCCCCUUUUACUGACUACUAACAUGCACAUUAACUACAUAACAAAUCUAAAACAAGCAAAAACAAAAUUGCAAAGAUCUUAAACCAAAAACUUAAGCAAAACAAGUGCAAAUUUAAACAAUUAAAAUCAGACAAAUACUUGAUUUAGAACAAUCAUUUUUAAAACACACACUUUAAACAAUGACAUGCAUAUUUUUGCAUAAAUUAACUGCUUUUGUAAAAGGAGAACAUUUUUCAAGAAUUCCUUAAUAGUAAGUGCUCUACCAAAAAAACCAUUAGCUUCUUGAACGUCUCUGGUGGUCACCCACCACACGUCAGUAUCUGUAAAACGGAGCCCCCCUGGGCACACUGUAGGGUGAAACGGGCAUCCGAGUGGGCCGACUCCUCAUGACAAAACGGUGCCUCGGGGGCUGCACAAACUCCCCAAAAUAAGGGCCUGCAAAGAAGAGAAAGAUUCUCAUCCAGAGUCGGCAAAAUUCAACAAACUGCUGUGCAGGGCUGGGGGGCUACAAUUCUUUUCAUAGCCACCAUAAGCAACUGCUCAUCCUGUAAGGUAGUGUCUUGUUUUCACUGACAAUUCACCAGCGAUGGCCUGACGAGAAAUAUAAAAGCUGACAAAGUUUCUAAUGGCCUCACACGAGCAGAUGAGCUGCUUGGACGUCUUCAAUAAGAACAUUUUGUACUGGACAAAGAAAAUCUACAACCUAACCAAGAAUGUAGGAGAAUAUCCAUGUGUGUGCUCAUGAGCUCCAAGAUGACUUUCUCAAAACUACCCUCUGGGGAGAUAAGAGCAUAGAAGAGGCUCAGACACCCAGGACCCCUUCUCAAGCCACUUCAAUUCCCAGUUGAGCCCACUGUCACAGUGGACUGGGCCAGGUUUGGUUUUUUGUUUUAACCUUUCCAAUUCUCCUUUCUUACAGUACUACUUACAGUAGUAAGUCAGACCACAGAGAAUGAACAUCACAUGAAAACAGGAUUCAAAAACUGCACGUUUUUCUUCUCUGUUCCUCACAAGCCAGUGAAGGUGACAGAAGAAAUAAAUAUAAAUCUGUUCCCAAUACUUGGGCAAAAUGUCUUUCGCUGCUUGUGUCCUGUAGCCGCCUUCUCUUUACUAAUCCUAUAAAACUAUGAUUUGGUGAUGCAGUUCUCCAUUUUAAGAUCCCAACGGAUAUCCAGUGGGUGUGGAAAACAUCCUCCUCGACCCCAGACGGUUGGUAAAACAGCCAGGGGUCAAGCAGGUGGAGACUGCAAACCAUCAAAAGAAAAAAAAAA